AUGAAGCUCACCAUCUUCCUCCCCCUGGCCGCUUUCUUGUCUUGGGCCAUUGCCGAGACCACUGAUUCUAGCGAUGAUGCCAGUCCUUGUCUUCUGCGGUGUAUGUCCGAGGCUGCUGUCGUCGCUGGCUGUGCCUCUUCUGUCGAUACCGACUGCACCUGUCCCAGUGCUGCGUUCAAGGAUGCACUCGGGUCUUGCUUGCAGAAUUCUUGUACUGAAGAUGAUAUCACAGUUGCUGGAGAAUUGCACGAGGAACGGUGUGGAACAACUCCUGAAUAA